UGGCUGUCAUUUUGAAGUUUGUUUGGUACUGUUAUUGUUGUCAUAGCAACAAACGGAAAUCAAUCUUUGAGAAUUCUUUAAUACGAUCACGAAUACUAUAUUUUUCGCUAAUCGAAGCUCAAGUUAUAAGCUACAUUUACAUGUAAGUCAUUUCAAACAAUAGAGUCGUUCCAAGAAAAUAUAUUUUUAUGAGGAUAAGUUUUUAAGGUUCAUUUGAAACUGAUGCUUAGAAGUUUGGGUUCAUCAUGGCAGACGAUGAAGAUGAUAUUGAUGAAGACGCACCAGUAGUAGAAGUCAAAGACUUAGAUGUACCGGUGGCAGCAAGCCCCAGUCCUGGUGAGGAAAAGUUACUAGCACCCCCUAAAUAUGAAGUCAGACCUGGACUUGGGGAAAAAUUUCAAGCAGCCAACGUGCGAGAAAUAAUCCUGACAACAAUGCAGGAGCAGCUAAUGGGACGUCAGUACCGGUCCGAUCAAGCCCCUCGUUGGGCCAAAGUCAUUGCUAAUGGAAUACGACAGAGGGUGCAAGAGCUUGAUAUGAAAAGGUACAAAAUAGUAGUACAAACAAUGGUGAUAGAAAUGAAAGGAGCUGGAGUGAAAUGCGCACAGAGAUGCAUAUGGGACCCUGAGACUGAUGAUUACGCUGACGGCUUGUAUAGAAAUGAGACCAUAUUCGGUUACUCUACUGUCUAUGGUCUUUAUAUGUACUGAACUGGCAAGAUAGAAAAAAGUAAUAAUAAUACCAAAGCUGGAUACAAUUUUCGUCAGGUACGCAUCUAUUUAGGCUAGGGCCACGCCAUUUUCAGAUACGGUGAAUGUCUCAGUAUUUUGCACGAAAAUAGUUUUUGAUGUAAUGUUAGUAUAUGUAUGACCGUUUAUUUAAAGGUACGUAUCAUGUAUAAUUUUACAUAUUUCAUAACAGUGCCUUUUUCUUUAUAAGAAUGAAUGAAUUUUAACUGUAA